AUGAGUGCAUCAUACCAACAUCGAAAAAUCUCCGUGCAACAUGCAGCAUCCUCCAAAUAUGGCUUUACCGUCCUUCAAACCCGCUUUCAAUCAAUACACCUUAAGCUUUCCGCGGGCUUGACCAAUGAGAACAAUUAUCCCCUAGCGUCAGAGUUUUAUACUUUCUGGCCGCACGAGAGAUCCAUAUGGCGCGGCUUGAGCAAUGGAUCCGCGGCCGUUCGUCCCACUAUCGUUGACGUGUUAUCUCAAGGGGUCAAUGAAAUAUGA